UUGACGGAGCAAUUGUAACAAUGCCUGAGCUGUCGAAGCCCGCGGGUAAGAAAGGAUCCAAGAAGGCGGUGGCGAAGUCCAACAACAAAGGCACCAGGAAGAGGAAGAGAGCCAGGAAGCAGACCUAUGGCAUCUACGUGUACAAGGUGCUCAAGCAGGUGCACCCCGACACCGGCAUCUCGUCCAAGGCCAUGAGCAUCAUGAACUCGUUCGUCAACGACAUCUUCGAGCGCAUCGCCUCCGAAGCGUCUCGCCUGGCUCACUACAACAAGCGCUCCACCAUCACGUCCAGGGAGAUCCAGACCGCCGUCCGCCUCCUGCUACCGGGCGAGCUGGCCAAGCACGCCGUGUCCGAGGGCACCAAGGCCGUCACCAAGUACACCAGCUCCAAGUAAACUAUUUCGGCUGUAACCGACAAACCAAAGGCUCUUUUAAGGGCCACCUACUUAUUCUUAAGAGUUCUUCGUCCUCACAAUCUUUAAAAAAAUAAUAAUAAUUAAAAAAAAAAUUAUAUAUAUAUAUUUUGUGUCAGUAUAAAUGUCGACUGUGGAUGUUGUAUCACACACUAAAUUGGAAUACAAGGUUACGUCAUCCGUCAUUUUUUUGUACCAAUAAAAAUAAAAAACAAAUUUACUAGUUUUGAAAUUGGAAUUCAUGGAUGAGUUUGUUCACCGAUCUGUUAAAGUUUGGUAAUAAGAAAAAAGUGCUUGAAAUCUUGAAGAUUUUAGCAGGAAUCGUGGAAGUCGCACAUGAUUUU